AUGUUUGUCGCCUUUGCAGCUAUGGUGGAACCUUUAGAUUCACUUUCGAUUGAUAACAUGUACCUUGUAAUUCGAGAUCGAGUUCUUCUGACCGGAAACUGUUGCAAGUACACCGCAUUUGCAAUCAUCCUCGUCUUGGGGUAUACCGCUGGACAUACCGCUGGACACUUGGUGCCCAUGUCCAUGUAUGCGACGGUGAAUACAUCAGCCCAGCCACCAGAUGCUGUCGGACAUGUCCCCUUUAUCAAGAUGCUUGCGCUGUCAGUUCCAUUACAGAAAUAUGCAACUUUACCGCUCAACGCACCGCUCAUUGCAAUUACGAAGCCAUCUGGAGGAAAAUAUAUGAGGCUAAAGCGACAUGUCAAAUUGUGGGCUCAAGCUGCGGGACCGUCCCUGCGUCCCUCAGGGAUACAGAAAACUCGAUUCUGCUUGCCCAAGAGACAAAUUGACUUUUAG